UCACCCCACUUUUAGCUGGGAAAGAACAUAUUAUGAUGGCUAACGUGAACUCGUGGAUAUCAACAGAAAAUUUCACGACAAUAAUCAAGAAAACCUUUCUUUAUUCCCAAUGUUGCAAUAUCUAUUUAAGUGACUUAGUUCGCGAUGUGGAAAUAUUAUUCAAUCAGUUUAUAGCUAUUUAUCCGCAUGAAUAUCUUUUACGUAAAAAAAUUUAUGACUGUCAGGGUUAUUUCUUGCUGGGACCGACUGAUAAGGAGAUCAAGAACGCUAUGCAAAAAGUACCCUCGUCCAUCUCAACGACAGAAAUUCUUAUCAUUAUCAAUGGCGAAUUAAAAAAUAAUUCGGAACUUUUCAAUGUCUCUUUAUACGGAAAUUCUAAUGCGAAUAUUAUCUCACGAUCUAGCAUCUACACCUUGUCCGAAAAUUACUUGGAGCCUAGAUUCUUUCUAAAGGUACACAGUUAUGAGGAAUUGAUGUCAGAAUUCAACAUAAUCAAUAUGAGAGGUAGAGAGCUGCAAGUAUCUUCAUUUCAUCAACCACCCGUUUCGUAUCUCAAGACAACGAUCAAGAAAGUGAUUAACGGUAACGAAGAAGAUGUUUUUUUAGCAGAUAAUGAUCUAGAAAAAGAUGGAAUAGAAAUGAAAAUAUUUCUGCUGCUGGCGGAGAAGUUGAAUUUUACUUGGACAAUACGGAAGCCGCCAGGUCGCUAUAGGUAUGGUAGACGCGUAAAUGACACAUACUGGAAUGGUGGCGUCAUCCAGCUUUUACGAGAGCAAAAGAUACAUUUAACAUUUGGAAACAUCUGGUUAACGCAAGAUACCAACGAGUUCGUAAAUAUGACACAACCUUGGUAUCAGAUUUUUAUACAUUUUCUGGUACCGCGACCGCGAGCUAUCACUAAUUUCUGGGCGCUCACAAAACCUUUUUCAAUGAGCUGUUGGCUACUUCUUUUAACAAUGUUGUUCGUUAAGACUAUCUACAUGUGGACGCGUGCUAGAAUCGAUCCGAGAUUUCCGAAACGUUUUCGAAACUUUUUUUUUACAAUCACGGAAUUAAUGGGCCGUUUAUUAGGUACGUGGGUACCGAGAAAUAUUGCCAAUGCUAGGUUCGAAUUACUUUUAUGGCAAUCUGUAGGAGUUGUUCUGGUAACUGCUUAUGGCAGUAGCCUUGCAGUGAGACUUGCAAGUUGGGAAUACGAAAACAGAAUUGAUACAGUACGUCAAUUCAUCGAGGCUAAUUUAUCAUGGGGCCGAAAAGGAGCGAUACCACCUUUCAAAGAUUACUUCGAUCUGGAGAAUCCUUAUUCAGGUCAAUUGCCAUCGAAAUACAUUCCCGUGAAUAAUGAUGAGGACACGCAUAGAUUCAUUAAGAGAAGAAAAUAUGCAAUUAUCGGACAGAUUAUAGGCUCAAUCUUUUUUCCUGAUAAUGAUAUUCUUAAGGAGGAUCUUAAAGAAUAUAGAGUCAUGAGAGAACUUGUGGGAAACUAUUAUACAUCCUUCGGCGUCCAGCCGUGGCUUUUGCGACCUGUUAAUACGAUAAUAUUAUGGUUGAAGGAAUCCGGCAUUGCUCAUUUUCAUCUCGCCGACGUUAUCCGCCGAAGAGCUAGUACCAAUCUUCGAGAAUUAAUGAAGGAGUACGAUCAUGAUGGAAGCGCUAAAACCCUGACAUUGACACCGUUAGGUGCCGGUUUUACAGCGCUUAUCGUAGGUCUUUUAAUAUCAACAAUAGUAUUUUUUUAUGAGUUAAAACAAGCCGCUGGUUCGCGAUCAAUUCGCGAAGUUUUUCGAAAAAUUCAAGAAAAACGGAGAGUAUGUAAGCUAUCACCGUCCAGGAGAAAAAGUUGGAAAGAAAAUGAACUUAUGAAACAUAACUUAAACAAAGAAGAUUGCGAUCUAUUUGUAAUUAAAUCUACCAGGCGUUCAACAAGUACUGAAUUUUCACGAAAAUCCGAAAACAAAAUUCUUAGUUCAGAUUACAAUUAAACAUAUAAAUACAAAAUAUUAUUUAGUUAUCUUAGAAAAUAUUAAAACAACAUUGCAACUCCUAUGUAAGAAAGUAAAGAAAGCAA